GGGGCAGGGGCCGGCCGGCCGGCCGCUCGGCUAAAAACAACCCUCGCCUAAUAAAGCGAUGGGGCCUGGUGCCCUCGCCCUAUAAAUACGCUCGGUGCGCGGCUGGCGGGCUUUGGCCGGCUCGGCUCGGCUCUGCAGGCGGGGCGGUACAACCAGCACAGCAGGGCCGCCGCUGCCGCCGCCUCCGUCGCCAGGACAGCCCCGGUCCCCGCACCCCGACACCCCAGCGAGAUGCCCCGGGUAGACGCAGACCUCAAACUGGACUUUAAAGAUGUCCUGGUCAGACCUAAAAGGAGCAGCCUCAAGAGCAGAGCAGAGGUCGACCUCAAGCGCACCUUCACCUUCCGUAACUCCAAGCAGACAUACACAGGAAUUCCCAUUAUAGUGGCAAACAUGGACACUGUGGGGACAUUUGAAAUGGCUGUGGUUAUGGCAAAACAUGCAAUGUUCACUGCAAUUCACAAGCAUUAUUCUCUGGAAGAAUGGAAACUGUUUGCUGCCAAUCACCCAGAAUGCCUUGAGCAUGUAGCAGCAAGCUCAGGUAGUGGACAAGAUGAUUUGAAAAAGUUAACAAGUAUACUAGAGGCCAUUCCAGCUAUCAGAUUCAUCUGCCUGGAUGUAGCAAAUGGCUAUUCAGAGUAUUUUGUGGAGUUUGUGAAGUCUGUCCGUGCCCUGUUCCCACAUCACACCAUUAUGGCAGGCAAUGUGGUGACAGGAGAGAUGGUAGAAGAACUUAUUAUUUCUGGAGCAGAUAUUAUUAAAGUGGGUAUUGGACCAGGUUCUGUGUGUACCACUCGGAUUAAGACAGGGGUGGGCUAUCCACAGCUAAGUGCUGUUAUUGAGUGUGCGGACUCAGCACAUGGCUUGAAAGGACAUAUCAUCUCUGAUGGAGGAUGCAACUGCCCAGGAGAUGUCGCCAAAGCGUUUGGAGCCGGUGCUGACUUUGUCAUGAUUGGAGGAAUGUUUGCAGGCCAUGACCAGAGUGCUGGAGACAUUAUAGAAAGGAAUGGCAAGAAGGUGAAGCUAUUCUACGGAAUGAGCUCUGAUACAGCCAUGAAGAAGCAUGCAGGAGGGGUUGCUGAAUACAGGGCUUCAGAGGGCAAGACUGUGGAGGUACCAUACAAAGGGGAUGUGGAACACACCAUCCUGGACAUCCUCGGGGGGCUGCGCUCCACCUGCACCUACGUGGGAGCUGCCAAACUCAAGGAACUGAGCAAGAGAACAACGUUCAUCCGGGUCACCCAGCAGUACAACGAGGUCUUCUCCUAGCCUAGGCCUGGGGGUCUGGAGAGAGGGGCAGGGGAGAAGAGCAGGAAGGACUGUUCUUUUCCCUUGCUUUCUCCUCCGUGUUGUGUUAGUGGCAAACUUCCCUCUCAGAAUGGCAGUGUCACAGCCAUUGACUAUGGCUGGGAUUUGGAAGGGGAAGGUCAUGCUAUUAACACAGUGCCGUUGAUUCAAAAUGCAAUAGCCUCAUCUUUAUUGUUGUGCCUAUUUUAUUUUUUAAUCAAUGUUUCUUCACCUGUUUUUUUCCCCCUCUGAUAAAUAGCUGCUGAAACCUCAGUUAACAAGGAAUUGGCUUGUACAGACAUGGCUGUUAACGCCUGCACACGUUCACACAUUCCCUUUUUUAAGACUGACCUGUCAGCUACCUCCACUUUCUGGCAGUGCACCUUUCAGAAAUUGCAGGCUGGGAGAGAAAAAGGUGCAAGGAAUUUCAGGGUGAAAUCAAAUUCUCUUAAUCUUUUUUCUGGCCAAAGAAUAGAUGUUAUGGCACAGCUGCCAGCCUGCAAAAUGUCAGAGGUGGAUGGUAGAUGAGGCCUGGCUGCUGGUGACAUGCUAAAAAUGCCAGAUCUCUGUCACUUUCAGUUCACAGGGCUGAUGUUGCUGUUGUUACUUAAACCUUCCUAUUCAAUGGACUUGCCCCUUCAGAGAAGCUGGCACUGAAUGUAACAAAACCAUGCUGGCCACCCUGCCCCCAUCUGAGGAGAUCAUUCAGGUGAACACUUUUCAGAGCUUGCCUGCUUUAUCAUGAGUGCAGUUAUUGAAUUACAUGGAUUCCUGCUUUUACUUGCUCUCUGGGAGCAGGUUCUUAAGACAUUGAAACUCAGCAACUGUUACCCUGACAAGGGGGGACGAUUCUUGCAGUCCUCCCUGUUCCCUUGCCUGCUCACAUCCAUUUAGCAAAGAUGUAAAAACGCUGUGCGGUGCAUUGUCUGUGGCCAGGUGGAGGAGGCCAGGGGGAUCAAAUUGCAUUCUGGUUAUGUGGUACCACUCCUUUGCAGUCCUUGACAUCAUGUAAAGCAAGAGAGAGUUUUUGGCAGAACAGCCUGAUUGAUUGCAAGACACUGUCAGGCAAUGGAGUUAAAGCAUUUGCUCUAAAGGCAGUAAUGAAUGUUUGAGACUCUGGGUAACACUUCAGUAAAGUGUAUUGCCUUAUAAUUAAUUGAUAAAUCACAAUGAAAAUUUGGAAAUAUGUGUAUUUGGAAAUACAUGUUGCAUCCACAUGAAUACCGCAGUAGCUCGAUACGAUAAAUGAUGCAAAAGUGAGCACCAAUGAAUUAAUAAUGUUUGGCCACUUACUUUAAACUGCUGCUGAGAUCAUAAUGCGGCUGAUGAUACUUCAGUACUUCAGAGUCUUACUUUCCUCUCCUAUAGACAUCUGUAGAAAGAGGCAGGCUUCCUUUGAAAAGCAAAAGAGUGAUCUGUAGGAAAAGGAAUAGCAAAGAGAAACUCUAGAAUUAAACUCAUAUGCUGGACUGCUCAAAAAGCCAAUCACAAGGACUGGUACAAUUGACCUGCUGAGAAGCAUGGUCACCACAAGCUGAUCACUUGUGAUUUUUAAGUGUGUUGUGCCCAUUAGAAAAAGCACAGGAUAUCUUCUGAAUUGCCUGAUAUUUUAAAUGUCUUCCAUUUAACACGUAGGAUGUACUUCUUAAUUGUGGGAUGACCCCUUCCUCUGCUUUGGAAGUGGAUGAGGCCUUGAUGUGAGCACAGGUUAUGCUUGUGCUGGCUGCAAGGACCAUUUGUCCUGCCCACAUAUCAUAAAGGAAUGUGAGUGCAGAAGAGAAGCAGGCUCUGUGAAUCCAGGCCCUGACCUCUGUUCCCUCCAGCCUGGAAGCAUCAUGUUAAGAGAAUGCCGGGCUGCCUCGCCACAGAAAGGCGCCAUGGGCCACCUACUGCUCUCAGCUCACUGGGCCCAGAGCAGGAGCAACAUGACCUCUCUGCAUCAGUACAGCUGUGGGACAGCACUGUUCCUCUAUUUAUGUUAAGUAAGAGGGAAGCAAAUGGACACCUCUUGUCAGGAGUGGGGUUAGACCACCACAGCCCAGGCCUGACCACAGGUGUGUCUCCACACUGGUGCCUUCACAUGUGGGAAGUGCAGCACUCUGCUGGUCUCAUGCCCACUCUCAAUAGCGCUUUUCUACUUUGUUUUUAGCUACAUUUCUAAGUGGAAUUUAAGAAAUACAUAUGCAUAUAAAAAGAUAUAUAUUUGUAAACAUUUUUUUUUUUUAAAGAUCAUGCACACAUCAAACCGAGCAGCUUCAUGAUGGCCUCAGAACAUUUUCUUUCCCGAAGGGCAAGUGCUGGGGGCAAGGGGAGACUGCUUCUCCACAAGUGUGGCAAAUGGAGCCAUUCUUAAACCUGCUUUCCUUCCGCUCCUGCACAUACCUCUGAUCAUUGACUAAUAGAAGAGGGACAAGCUGUUCUUAAGUUGUCCCCCAAAUUCUUCAGGCUGUGAAUGAUGCCAUGAAUGGUGACUGAUAAAGUUUUGAUAUUAGGUAUAUUGUUUUGAUAUGCAGGAUGUUUUCUUUCAUUUUCUUCUCUCCAAAAGUGAGCAGGAAAGACAAAUGAGAUGCAGAAAGGCUGAACCGGUAGCAUGUCUGCAUCUCACCCAGUUAUAUGUGAGUUUUGUUCAGGAAUAACCCUCAGCUAUGUCAGUGCCAACCAUUGACACUGUACAUAUACAGCUCUCAGACAGGCUGGAAAAUAAAUUUUAAAAAACCCUAAAAACUUAAAAAAGAAAAGAGUACUUGAGUCCCCCUUCCUGUGCUGCAGUAAUUGCCCUGAUCUUCACUUAGCUCCAGGUCCUGUACCCUGCUCAAGCCUGCUGCCACUCCCACAAGGAACUGAGGCAGAGGGAGCCAGGAACACACUUUGGCAGGAUGGUCCAAGUCAAGACCACAGCCACUGACAAUGCCAUGUGCCAUUUGUGGAUCUACCUCACCUGCGCAUCUAACUGGGUUCUUUGUUAUUUGGUGUGCUUUUGUGGGAAAUGAAAUUUGUAAGUGCUUAAUAAUGCUUAGUGUUGAGUGAUUCUGCAUAACCAGGUCUUCUCUAACCCUACCCCAUCCUCUGUCCAGAGGAAUGCUAUGAGUGUGACAGCCUGUACUGGCUGCCCAGGGCCAUGCCUGUUUCCCCCAGCCAGGCAAUUGUUGAGCUCCCAAAAGCAGUGCUGAGGUUCCCACUGGCUCCACAGGGGUGCGGUUUAGCAUACCAAAGACCUACAAGUGGGGAUGCUGAAAAGGGCAACAUUACAUCAAUAAGCAAUCCCUGCUGAGAAUGUCUGCCUUUGGCUUCUUGAAACGUAAGGAUGCCUCUAACACCCCUGGUGCUCCCAGUCCUGCUCUGGGGUUGCUGCAGCACAUUGUGCAGGGUGGGCUUAUGCCCACAGAGCCUGGUUACUGGAACUCUCCUUGGAGAGGAAGGGCUCAGCACAGGAGAGGCCUUGCUUACUCCCCAGUGACUGUGUGGUGGCUGCAAGGAGUGCACCAUGCACAUGGACACCUUGUAGGCGUAAGCAGUUGAUAAAGGGGUAGGCCUUGAGCCAGCAUCCUGACAGAUGCAAAACAAACCAUGCAGGUCUCCAUUCUCUGGGAGAAACACAUUCCCAUCUGCUCAUUGGAAUAGCCAGUCCCCACUGGCACUGGGGCAGGGGCUUUGGCUGUGCUUUCCUCUCCCUUAGGGUAUGGUGGGGUUGAAUGUAGGAUGGGGAUACCCUGUAAAUAACGGAGCAUUGUAAGCAGGAUCAGAAGAAGCCUCUGUUUGCCUUUGGGUGAGUUUUCCCAUAUGAAAUGUGCCUGUCUCUUCUUUCAGCUAACGGGGGUAGAAAGGAUGGGGAUAAGGAAGAAAUGUGGCAGCUGUUGGCCAAGUCCCAUGGUGUUGGGACAGGUUUUCAGUCAAGGACAUGAUGAGAGUUUGAAGCUUUUCUGAACCAAGCACUACCUACUUUGUACCUGUUGAACUCCACUCUCAUGCCAGACUUGUUGCUGCAGCUGCCACUGUAUGUAGUGUCUAUCCAUCACCAUCUCACGUCCUCCACCAGGGGAUGGUGCUGUUUAGUUGCUGAUAACAGUUUUACACCAAAAAUUCUUCUUUGGAGUCAGGAGUGCUUUUGCAACCAGUGCCAGGUUUGGCCUUAUGUAGAAGAGAGGGGAGGAAGUGAGGCCCAAUACCAGCAGUUUGCCCUCGCAGCAGCCAGGGCCAGCAGGUGGGAGAGGGCCAGCCCUUCCCUGUGGGCUGGGAGCUGCCAGGGGCAGCAGCAUUGAAGCAUAUCUUGAGUAGAGCUGGCACAGCUCUGUACUCAGGAGAGACCACCCCCUGCAGCCUUAGCUUCAUUUGUGGUCACACAGAUGCUUAAGCGAGCCCUCCCCAACAUUUAUUUGACCCAGUGUUUACUGGCUAAAGUUUUCAUAUAUAAAUCAGCAGUUUGGAGUCCAGAACUCCCUGACAUUGCUUGUGAUAACUGUGAAGCGCUUCUGUGUCAUUGGCCAAAAGCUGAUGGGCUUUCAGUGUUUUGCUGCCCUGCUUGGCCCUGCUGAGAUGGUGAUGAGAGCGCUGCCCCCCUUCCCUCUGCUGUGGCAUUGCCGUGUGCGCUACCCAAUCAUCCCAACUGCUCCCAAGUUUUUGUUAUGCAAUAAAGAGCUUCACUCUGACGGGCUGCAGAGAGUUUUAUGGCCGUGGGUGGGACGGUACGGGCGCCUUUUGGAAUCGUUGCUAAUAAAAGCCAAUGCUCUCAGAUGCAUUGCCAUGGUGGGGCAGGGAAUUAAACUGGGUAAAUUAUGUCCCUAGGAAAGCUCUCUCCCCUUCAGUCAUAAAAGACAAAACACGCUUUUGCAAUUGGCACUGUUAUUUUAUUAGUACGAGUAUACUGAAACAAUAAACUUGUACUGGUAUACAGACAAUUUCUUUAAAACAAUUUUGUUCAAAUUUUGAAUCAAACAUUGUUUUAUUAUAAUAAUGAAAUAAUUUCUACCUAGAAAACCUGCAAGCACCAUCAAAGAAAGGGACCAUAAAAUUCAAUAAACAGACGCGAGUGUAUCCUACAAAUAGACACACCACCAUUAGAAAAUAGAAUAUGAAUUCUUCCAUUUUUUUUAAUAUUUGUUUUAAAAAAGCUAGUGCAAGUACAAUAUUUUACACUGGAAUUACAGAGAGUAUGCACGCAUAUGGAAAAAAGUUCUCCUGUCACAAUAAAAGCUCUUAACUAUGUCUGUAUGCACUUAAAAUCUUCUCCUCUUUUCAAUAAGGUGCAAAACGUUAUUCCCUCCCUAUUUUCUCCUUUGUACUGGCCAUGUCAGCUCAAUUUCUCCCCAACACAAAGCUGCGAUAUCCCUUUUAUUGGGCCUACACUAGGAACUACACUGGAAGUGUGAUUUGCAACAACCCUCGUUAGUAAUACCAGACAAUUAAAAAAAAAAAAAAAUUACUUUAAAAACUACUGAUGUCAAAUGGCUGGACCUGACCCCAGCUUGGCCAAGUGCCACUGCCAGCUGCUGCUGGGAGCGGUGACAUAGCUAGUACAAAAUGGAUUUCAGUAGCUCACCCAAACUGAAAAAGGUUGGGAAAUUCCCCCACCCCCACUUUUGUACACUGCGAAAAGAACAGUGUUCAACAAGUUAAUAUAUUAUUAAAAAAAAAAAAAAGGAGCAAAUACAUACAUUAGUGAGUUUCAACAUUAGCUGACUGUCGUGAAGAGCUGCAUCUAUGCCCUACCAGAUUAGUAACUUUGCGAAGCGCCUGGCCUGACGGCCCGGCUGAAGACGCAGACCGAGCCACCUGCAGCCACCCCCGGCUCGUUUUUGCCCUCAGCUGCCCAGAUCCAAACCCGAUGGACUGGAACAAGAAUUCUGCAGAGCUUGUUCAAUGGGAGAGUACCUGGGUCCUGCACUUUUAAAAGGUGGAAUCCCCUCACCAGUGGGUGUGCAGGGGCAGGCCUGCACUGCCUGCAGAGCCAGUGGUCCCACUCUGGGACCCAAUCUGGGCCCUGAAGUUUCUGCCCAUCACCCAUCCUGUAGUACAGCAAGGACAGCUUGAACAAGUGUCUCCGCUCGCUGCAAACAACACUUCCAAUGCACACCUACUGCGUGGUCAAGGGAAAGGGCACAGGAGCUUUAACUGCUCAAAAUAGAAACUAACAAAAAAGAAACAACCUUGGAUGAAGCCUCCAUAAAAUCUCAGUGGAAGACUUGAGUCCUUUCAGCUAACAACAAGAAAAAAAACCUAUGGAAACCUUAGAGACUGUUAUUGUAUAAAUACUACCUGUUGGCUGAAUGCACUUCACCGUAACACAACUGGGGCUGGUCUCUGAGCACCUGGGGGUCACUUGCACAGGGCGAGCAUUCCCACUCCGUGUUCCUGCGGAAGUCGAAGCUGGGGUCACCUCCGGGGAGGGGGAUGGGAGCACCCUUAAACUUUGCCCUCUCCACCCUGCCACCAGCUCCCAGCUGCCCAGCUCAAUCUUUGGAACAGAAAAGGAUCCUCUCUUCAGAAACUGCUUCAGGAUCCUCUCCUUUUGGCUUCUGGAAAACAUCAGUCUUGCCAUCAGUCAAGACCAUCACUGGAACCAUGCUCUGUGUGACCAGCUGCUCCCGGCGCCCUGGCAGCAGCGGUGGGGGAGAGGGGCAGUGACAGGGGCUGGAAGGCCGGGUCGCCUCAGGUACCAUGCUGCUGCUAGUACUGGGCAAGGACACCUUGUUACAAGCACUUCUAGCUCAGGGUUGUACUCUUUGGAUUUCAUCUGGAACAGGCAGUGCUGAAAACACAUGGAACAGCAUCCCCAGAGAGAAAAAAAUGGGACCAAAAGGCCUCAGACAGAAAGUACACAGGUUGUGCUCUGCCAGCAGCAGCUCUCAACCCGAGGGCUGCCAGCACCAGCAGGGUCCCCAAACUCGGGCCAGCCAGGCCAUGCCUGCCCUGGACACGGCCGAGACCUCCCUCAAAACCGGCCUUGACCUCUGGGCUGCCAGGGGCUUCCUCAGCGCAGGCAGAAGAGACUUAAAGCCAAAAUAUAACUGGAGAGUGAGACUCUAGUUUUGCACAGUAGCCACCCUUCGAAGUGCCUGGUAGCUGCACUCAAGAAUUGCUGCUCCAAGGUGUAUUUUCAGCACAGGAAUAAACAGUGUGACUCCAUUCCCCAGAAAUGGGACCCAUGUAAUACAAACAGAAAAUUAAGCACAGUUGUUCUUUAAGAGCCUUUUAAGUAAUAAUUCUUCCUGGCCAGAGCCAAUACAAAUCAGAUCAUCUAGACAUGACAUUUUCUAUAUACAAAAAACAUGUAACUUUCAACCUUUCUCUGCUUUUGUAUUUAAAAACUUUUUUUUUUUUUUACAAACAAGGUAUGAAACUCACUGUUCAAACAGAGCCAUCUCUUUUUCAAACACUGAAUGAAUCAUUCCAACAUUCAUUUUUCUUUUGUGCAAUUUUUUAAAACAUUACCUGUACUCCUCAAUGUGAGUGCUUCAAAAAAAGUUUCUAUUUUUAAUAAGCUUCUCAAAUUAGGUUUACAUCAAAAAAUAUUCCCACAAGGUAUAGUGCUACAAGAAAAGAUCCUAUCAGUAAAGGUAACACAUCUGAAGCGAGGUCGUCUAUGUAAAAGAAAUUGAACUCUGGAGUAGAGGUGUGCAACGCGUUUGGAAUUUCCCUAUGGGCACAAAGCAAGGCUGUCCUCAGGACAGGGAAUCAAGUGGACAUGUAGG